AUGUUGAUCCAGUUGGAAAGGAAGAAAGGCAUCAUCACAUCUGGUGUUCUGUGGUUCUUCUGGCUCAUGACCACUCUUGCAAAUAUCAUCCCCUUCUACACCAAGAUCAUCCUGAGGUCAGUUACCAUGGAUUACAGUGACCAUUUGUUCAGGUUCGCCCUCUUCUACAUCUACUUCGCCCUGUUGCUGACGGAGCUAGUGCUACACUGCUUUGCUGAGAAGAUGACGCGGGCUGGAUACUACGAUCUGGGCAAGAAGCCAUCUCCUGAGCAAGAAUCAUCCUUCUUCAACAGGAUCAUAUACUGGUGGAUAAACAGCAUGGUCUUCACAGGCUACAAGAAAGGCUUGGAGGAGUCCGACUUGUUUGAGCUACAUCCGAGAGACAAGAGCGAGAGAGUUGUUCCUCAGUUCAACAAUUCAUGGGACAAGGAAGUCCUAAAAGCGAAACUCAUCAACGAAAAGAGGAAACGUCACUCGCGGGUACACUACCGAAACGACAUGAGCUCCAAGCACCAUAUAGACAUCCAAUCCACAAACGAGAAGACCCCCCUGCUGAAUGGUCCUGGCAAGAGCUGA